GUCCAAAAUAGUUCACUCCCACUUCUGCUCAAAUAACUUUCGAUCAUCUAUAAAGACAAGCUUUUGACUUUAAUAUAUAUUUAAUAUAUAAAUAUAUAUAUUUUUAACGACAAUGCACUGGACUUCAAUGAAGAAAGAUGAGCUGGAGAAGCAGUACUCGCCUAGCCGCUGGUCGCCCAGAAUGUCGGCAGACGACGUGAUCAAGGCCCACGUCAAGGCUGUAAAAGAAGGUACAGAGCGUGCGCGUGGUCUGGCUCAAACUCUACUUAACGUCCCCUAUGGAGAAGGUGAUGGCGAGAAACUGGAUGCCUAUAUUCCCAGCACCAACUCUCUCGACGUGCCCCUUGUCAUUUACAUUCACGGGGGCUACUGGCAGUUUCUUAGCAAAGACGAAUCAGGAUUCAUGGCCGUGCCGCUUGUCGGUAAAGGUGUGGUGGUGGUUGCCGUCGGUUACGACAUCGCUCCCAGAGGUAACAUGGAUCUGAUGGUGUCUCAAGUGCGCAAGAGUGUUGUGUCUGUCGUCCAACAGUAUUCUCACAUCAGUGGUCUGUACUUGUGUGGACACUCUGCCGGUGCUCACCUGGCCGCAAUGGUGCUCUCCACGGACUGGUCGCAGUACGGCGUCACACCUCAAAUCAAAGGUGCUUUUCUUAUCAGUGGUAUCUAUGACCUCCUGCCCAUUCUGUCCACCUACGUCAACGAGCCAUUGAAGAUGACAGAGGAGGUGGCCAUGAGAAACAGCCCCAGCAAGCUGAUCCCUGAGUUGCAACGGUCCUCCUCCUCGUGCCAAAUCGUUGUGGCUGUGGCUGAGAACGACUCGCCCGAGUUUCGCAAGCAGUCGGAAUAUUACUACAAAGCUUUGAAGGCAACAGGGCUGAACGUGACCAUGGAGGAUGUUUCCAACACGGAUCAUUUUAGUAUCGUAGAGCAGCUGGUUGACGAGGAGUAUCACUUAGUAAAGCUCCUAUUGAAGAUGAUGGGGAAGAGUUGAAGUGGACUUGUGCUGUAUCAACAUAUGUUCUUAUGAGAAGAUAAAUGUUACAUGCACGCAUCCGUUUGAAUCCAUUUCAACUGCGUUAGAGUAUUUUGUCCAAUUAGGAGGAUGUGUUUCAUUCAUAGUCAUCAAUCGCUUGACAGUUUUGGGUUUUUUUUUUCGUAGUCACAAUAAUUUUUUGUGUGUGUGUAUCUAAGUAUUUGAGAUGUCUGCAUGAGUCAAAAUGAUCUCAGUUCAAUUUUGGUUUGUUUGGCAUGUCCUGGCUAAAGACAAGUAGAAAAUACAAUGUGAAUGUAGCAUUUUAGUGAUCACAUUCAGGAUUUGAAAAUGUCCUAAAUGAAAUACUGUAGUUACACAUGUUAUGCUAAGUAUAGUAGUAUAAUACGAAAAUAAGUGUGCACAAUCACUCAUCACUUAGAUUGCACAGAACUGCAUCGUGUUUGCACAUUGUACCGUAAGGCAUUAAUGCAGCUUGUACAAACAAACAUUUAAGAAUAGUCAUCAUGUUUGGCGACUAGAAAAAAACAGCCUUUUAUUUCUUACAGUAGAGUAUAAACCAGCAGCAGGGCACUUUAAAGGUAUUCAUAGAUCAUAUAAAAUCUUAUUCCGAAUAUCUGUAAUUUUAUAAAAUUGCAAUUACUACAAGGUGAUUGAAACGUAACUUUCAAAAUACUUACUUUUACAAUAAAUGUACAAUAUAUAUAUAUUUAAUUUUUUUUGCUGCUGCUUACACGGGUAGAAAACACACACCCUUGACUGACAGGCUGGAGCCAGUCAGAUACUGACACGUAGUCACACACUGAUCCACCAAGGAAAGGGUAACGUUCCUGCAUGGGCGGGACUCAGGAAUAGCAUAUCAAGGUAGGAUAGGUAGCAUAUCCAAGUUCGAGACUUCUGUUUGAGUGGAGGUCCAGAGCUGUACUUUGUGACAUCUUUCAUUUUCUUCACUAAAAAAAAAAAAAAAAUUGUGUCUGGUUAAUCUCUUCAUGGGGAAAAAAACAAACUCAAACUUAUCAUUUUACUUGAAGGAUUUGUACACUGCAAAAAAUACUUUUCCAAAUUGUAUUUAAUUUUUUUUGUGUAUUGUGUAUGCUCUAUCCUUUGCAGCAAUGUGUAACUUAAUAGUUAAAAAAAUAGUCGAAUGAAAAACUAAUAUAGUGUUCCCUCACUACAUUGUGGUUCACCGUAUGCACAUUUGUUGAAUUUUUUAAACAGCGAUGCACACUGUAUUCUGCAUCCUUGUGGUGUAUUAGAGUGGUCUAUCCAGGUUCUGUUGUGUAUCUGUCACUGUAUUUACUACUGCUACCAGUAUAGGGUGUUGUAUACUCACGUUUAAGUGUGGCUGGUAAAUAUAGAGCCACAACAGUUGUGAUUGGCUAAAGGAGAACCCGCCCAUUGUAUUCUGUGUUUUGAUUGGCUAUAAACCAUUGUUAAUCUUGUGCAAGGCUAUCUGAUGCUAACUGCUAGCUAUGUACAUCCUAAAGACGAAGUUAACCGGCUGUAGGCCGUAAAUUAAUCUUUGGUUCAUGGCAGAAGAAGAUGCUUUAACAAGAAUACAAAACAAAAUUUAAAUUCAAGCGAAAUUUGAACUUUGAGAGUGUUUAAACAGGAGAGAAAUGUGAUAAAAUAGGAAAGUGUAUGCUGAGGGGCUUUAAAACAUAUGUAAUAAAAGUUGGCUACUUCGCGGAUUUCACUUAUUGCGGGCUUUUGAGAAACUAUCCCCAGCUAAAGUGCUGUGUGAAUUUGUUAUUGCAAUUACAAGAAUAGUAAAGGCGUGUGAGGACAUAGUCGUCCUUCCUGCAUGUUUGAACAUAACACUUCCUUGGA